AUGGACCGCCUUAACCGGAUGUUGCAGGCUGCCCAAGGCAUGGGUAUGGGCAGCGCUGCUCCAGGUGGUGAUUCCCCCAACCUUAUCGAUAACUCCGAAACUGUUCACAUCUCCUCGUUGGCUUUGUUGAAGAUGUUGCGCCAUGGCCGCGCCGGUGUGCCUAUGGAGGUCAUGGGUCUGAUGCUUGGAGAGUUUGUCGAUGAAUACACAGUCCGCGUCGUGGAUGUAUUUGCUAUGCCUCAAAGCGGUACUGGUGUUAGUGUCGAAGCUGUGGAUCCUGUGUUCCAGACCAAGAUGAUGGAGAUGCUACGCCAGACAGGCCGGCCCGAAACAGUUGUCGGCUGGUACCACUCUCACCCCGGAUUCGGCUGUUGGCUGUCUUCUGUCGAUAUCAACACUCAGCAAUCAUUCGAGCAAUUGACUCCCCGCGCUGUAGCUGUUGUUGUUGACCCGAUCCAGUCCGUGAAGGGCAAGGUUGUCAUCGAUGCAUUCCGUCUCAUUCAGCCUCAAACAGUCGUUAUGGGUCAAGAGCCCCGGCAAACAACCUCCAACUUGGGUCACCUAAACAAGCCCUCCAUUCAAGCCUUGAUCCACGGUCUCAAUCGCCACUACUACAGCAUUGCGAUCGACUACCGUAAGACAGGAUUGGAGGAGAACAUGUUGAUGAAUCUGCACAAGCAAGUGUGGACUGAAGCCCUUCAGAUGAACGACUUCCACGAGGAGGGCCACCACAAUGUCGACCAGAUGAAGCAGCUUGUCACCCUUGCUGAAGGUUAUGAGAAGCGAGUGAAGGAAGAGACCGAAUUGACCCCAGAGCAGCUGAAGACACGAUAUGUCGGCAAGGUUGACCCGAAGAAGCAUAUCGAGGAUGUGAGCCAGCAAUUGAUCGAAGACAACAUUGUCGCUGUCUCUAGGCAGAUGAUUGAUAAGGAAGCUUCGGUAGCUCGGCAGUCGGCAACGAAAGAUGGUAACAAUGGCGCCGCUAUGGAUGUCGACGAGGAGCUGUAA